AUGGCUGAACCAACGGCUGAACCGACCGUGCUUCGCAAGGAUCAACUGGAAAUCAGCUUACAUAACGAGAAGAAGUUGAUCAAGGAAGGAACCAUCAAGGACGACAACCCUCUGGAUCUCAGUGAGCCGUUUCGGGAGCUCUGCAAUGCUUGUCGUAAGGGGGAUCUGAAAGUUUGCCAGGAAAAAAUCACGGAAGGUGUCAAUAUCAAUGCUCGCGAUCCCUAUGACUACACCCCCUUGAUUCUAGUGAGUGAUUCGAAGUCGCCUGGCAACUCCCCCAGCAAUGCACCUGCAGAGCCGUUGGUUUUGGGCCACUGCUUCUCGAAUCGGGCGCAUUAUGCGAGCGAGACACGUUUCAAGGCGAAAGGUUAUUUUGUCCCCUCCCUGAUCAUCCAUGGAUUUAAAUUGCAUGUUCAGCUGACACUCGGACAUUUGCGCAGAUGUCUAUAUAAUGCAUUGAACGAUCGCAUCCGGAACCUUCUACUUGAAUAUGACUAUUCAAAAUCUACCGAUCCUCUCCAGCCAUUGGCCGCCCACAUCACGUCCCUGCUCACGCGCGAUAGUCCCGAGACCUCCGACAUCGUGGUAACUGCGGGCGAGGAGGAUGUGUAUCUACAUAAAUUCAUAUUGGCAGCACGGUCGCCCUAUUUCCGCAAAAAAUUGGAAAGCGCCCCCGAAACUGUAACCUGGAAACUUCCAAGCGCUGUUCCGCCCCAAUCCUUUGGGGCGGCGAUCAGGUAUCUGUAUUUCGGAGAGGCCCCGCGUGAUCUGAAGACGGGCCCUGGCACGGGCUUUACUGAGUCGGAGGUUUUUGUUGGAAUUGACAAAAUUGCCAAGUACCUGGAAAUCAACGCCCUUUUGGACAGCAUUUUGGAUAGCGGAGACCGCCGGCUAGCCAGACAGAGACGAACCUUGGAACUUGCGAAAGGCAGAGACCAAUUGGAAGAAUGGUUCCGAACUAAUGUCCUUCGGAACAAAAUGGAAGUUGAGACUUCCAAGGUUGAUGAGAUCAAAUGGAAUCAUGAUAACGCCAUCUUCGCCGAUGUCCUACUCCAGGCGGAUGAACUGCCUGAGGACGAAGAUCUUGAUGAUACCUUGCAGACAGAUGAAGGUACUGAUUCAAGCACCAUUCCAGUCGGGCCAGUCGACUCUUCUAGUACGUCGAAGAAAUCUGCUCCAAAGUCGGUUAUAUUUCCGUGCCAUCGGGCGAUGCUUCUUCGGUCUGAGUUCUUCCUUACCAUGUUUUCGUCUUCUUUCAGAGAGGCCCAUCUGAAAGAGCACUUGAACGUUAUCUCCGUGGACUGCUCUCCAGAAGUCCUGGAGAUUAUCCUUACUUUCCUUUACACCGAAAGGGCUGAUUUCCCCCUUGACAUCGCGGUCGAUGUCCUAUUCGCGGCUGACAUGUUGUUCAUCGAGAAGCUUAAGACCAAGGCCGCCGUUGUAAUCGGCACACUUGGCAACGGCGAUAUGUCGCAGGCCGAGGCUGCAAAGACUCGCGGCACCCAGGAAGAAGAUGACUUGGAUAUAUAUGCGAUUAUUCGCGCUGCAUGGUUGACCCGUGUUCAGCGACUGGAAGAAUUCGCGGCUCGGUAUCUUGCGUACAGACUGGAGGCUCACAUCGACUCUCCCGAAUUUUCCGAUUUGAUUCAAGAAUCGGCUGCUCGUAUUCAGGGAAGACAAGAAACAGAUUCCAUCGAACUGCUCGAUGAUAUCCGGUUCUACCUAGGGGAGCGCUUCCGACUCCGGUUCGAUGAUGCCGGCCUAGAGGAGAUGAUGGAGGAGGAGACCCGACAGCAGCAGGAGAAGGAGGAUCACGACGACCAUGUUGACAAGGCCGUGAACGCAAUCGAGAAUGGAACCGCGGAGCUCGAGCUAGAGAACAAACAUAACGCGCAAUCUGCCGAGACUACUCCUGAACAACUUGACCAGGACAAGUCGGAUCAUGCACCUGUCAUCAAGACUUUGGACGGCCAGGUGGUGGACGACGAGUUCAGCAAAGACGCUAUGGACUACGAAAUCCUGUUAGACAAACUCGACAAGAUCCUGGAGGACCUGGACUUGGAUGCUUAA